GUCGGUUUUUCUUUUUGUUGAUUUUGGAUUAAAGGCUUGGCCGUGACUUUUGCCUGCUUCGGGCCGAGUUUGGAUGCUUGAUGCUGGGACGUAUCGAAGAAGCUAGCAACACGUUGUCAGAUGUCACAUCCACUAAGAUCUAAUCUAAUACUAAUUAAUAAAGCGUUUUGGCUUGGUUAACUGUAAUCCAGGACUGAUGUAGUACACCCUGGAUACAUUAGUCCCCGAUCGAUCACAAAGUCAUCUCAUCCACUAGUAUCAGGUUCCUUACUGUCGAAACGCGAGUUGUAACCAUUGCAGCUGUUGGCUGUUGGGGGAUCGACCACGGGUACUCGCGAACCCAUCAACCGGGUGCAAGAAUUCGUCGCUCCCCUCCAACAAAUCCGGGCACACAUAUAUCUGCCCAGCUACUACCGAACCGGCAGUGACUGCUGACGCCGUGCGCACGGUGUUACACCGAGGAGGAGGAGGCGUCCACCCGACCCGACCCCCCGGCCGAGAAUUCCACAGCCACGCACGGGGCAGGCCAAUGACCUCCAAGUACGUACCGACCCCUGCGAUAAACGCACGGGCGGACACACGGACGGCCGCGAUCCAUCCGGUUCCAACUUUCAACCCGCACGGGCUCCCGUUCCGUUCGUACCCGCGAUCCACCCCCUUUCAUAUGCGCUCCGCUCCACACCACCACGGAUCUCGCCGGCCCCGUUGCACGCGCCGCGCAGCCUUUCCUUUCCACUCUGCACGCGCCGGCAGCGAACGGUUCCUCCCUACCGUUUGAACGGUUCGGCUCGGAGGCGAACUUGGGCCGGGCCCGCUGCCCAGUCCUCGUUCGUUCGUUCGUUCCACCGAUCGCUGAGUGCCGGACGGAGGUUUUGCUCUGGCCGCAAGGGAGGUUCCCUUGACGGCGGUGGCGGAUGGGGUGCAAGGGGUCGAAGCACGCGCUGCAUGGCGGCGGCGGCGGCGGGGGCGCGUUGGAGCCGCGGAAGUGCGCGUCGGGGCUCGUGGCGCGCCACUCCGUCGCGCUCCGGUCGUCCACGCUCGGCACGCUCAGCCUCGACCGCGCCACGGCCGCCGCGGCGGUUUCUUUCGCCGGAGGGGAGGGCGCGGGGACGGCAGCGAGGUCCGGGAAGGAGGGCGCGGCGGGGAGGUGCCGGUCCUUCGCCGGGUGGUUCCCGGCGUCGCCCAAGGUGGAGCCGGGCCAGCCGGUGAAGCGGCAGAGGCUGGCGCCCCCGCGGACGCCCACCAAGACGCCCGCGCGUGCCCCCGAGGAGAUCAACGUGUGGGAGCUCAUGGACGGGCUCGACGACGACGAUGCGGACGAGGAAGAAUACGGCGAUUGCCUGGACGGGCAGGUUCCGUCGGCGUGCGGAUCGCCGGAGUUCGACCCUGACGUCCUGUCGGCGUUCCGGGAGGCGCUCGCCGAGCUGUCGCCUCCUCCUACGGACGCCGACGUCGUGAGCGACGGAGGAGCCGUCGUCAAGGAGGAAAUCGAGGUGUUCGCCGACGUCGCGAGCGACGGAGGAGCCGUCGUCAACAAGGAGGAAAUCCAGGUGUUCACCGACGUCGCGAGCGACGGAGGAACCGUCGUCAACAAGGAGGAAAUCCAGGUGUUCACCGACGUCGCGAGCGACGGAGGAGAGAUCGUCAAGAAGGAGGAAAUCCAGGUGCUCGCCGACGUCGCGAGCGACGGAGGGGCCGUCGUCAAGAAGGAGGAAAUCCAGGUGUUCGCCGAUGAUGCGAGCGACGGAGGAGCCAUCGUCAAGAAGGAGGAAAUCCAGGUGUUCGCCGGCGUAGUGCGGGCGCGACUCGACGUGCUCCAGGGAAGGAUCGACAGCAGGUCACAAAAGAAUCCCCCGCCGCCGCCGGAGAGCGCGAGGCGGGUGGUCGUGUACCUGACGAGCCUCCGCGGCAUCCGGCAGACGUACGAGGACUGCUGGGCGGCGAGCACCAUCCUGUCCAGCUACGGCGUGCACGUGGACGAGCGCGACCUGUCGAUGCACGCGGGGUACAAGGAGGAGCUGCGCGACGCGCUCGGCGCAGGCGCCCUCGCCGGCGUGCUGCCGCAGGUGUUCGUCGACGGGUGGCACCUGGGCGGCGCCGAGGAGGUCCGGCGCAUGCACGAGUCCGGGGAGCUGGCGGAGGCCCUCGAGGCCUGCGAGGCGGCGCCGGGCGCUGCCGCCGGCGGGAAAGAGGGGCCGGGAGGCUUCGCUGCGGAGCCGUGCGGCGGGUGCGGGGGCGCGCGGUUCGUGCCGUGCGACGUCUGCUCCGGCAGCUGCAAGGUGUUCGUCGAGGACGAGGACGGUCCCGGGGCGUUCAGGCGGUGCCCGGACUGCAACGAGAACGGGCUACUGAGAUGUCCAAUCUGUUAAUGGAACCACUCCCUGUAAACUGCUUGGAUUUGUUGUUGUUGUUUUUAGUGUGCCUUCUCUGUAGCUAAUAUCGAUGUGUUCAUCCAAAAAAUGGUACAGAGUUAAACAAAAUGGGAGGAACAGCGCGUCAGAAAAGAUUCAACCGGAGGUAGC